AUAAGGAGGCGGCCAAUGGAACAGGGCCUUUUAUAUAUAAAAUGAAUAAAAAGAUGUACCACCUGCCUUUUCAUGCUGCGGAUGCAGCUGCGGAUGCACGGGAACCAAGGAAAAAAAAAGUUUCUUCUAUUUUUACCCAAUGGGAAGUUUCCAAAAGAGAAAAUUUCUUCUUUGCUGAGUCGUGUUCCACGACCGUGGAGCUUAUUGGUGUUCUCAACAAUAAGCUUUUUUGCUUGUCGGAUGCUUAAACGGGCUGAGAUGGCGCCAAGUUCAUAUGAGUAUGACAAAGAUAGGGAAACGUGGACGGCCAUCGGAUUCGUUUGUCCGAACGCUUUUGUGGCGCAUUGCCACGGUUGGGACGGAAAUAGAAGACAGGUCUCCAAAGUGUUUUGUAAGGCGGGAAAAUAAGCCACUGGAAAUGAAAAGGUUACUCACCUGCAUCAAUCUUGCCUUCGAUUCGUCGGUGCAUGCAACGGGGUUUUUUCUUUUUAUUUUUUAUUUUUUUCGGCGCCUGUUGGUUGAAGCACAGUGCACAUCGACCUCCCCCUCCUCCGCUGCUGCCAUGGCAUUACCUUCGGUUGUUGUUCUUAUUAGCGGUUCAGGCACCAAUCUUCAAGCUCUCAUUGACGCCACUCAAAAUGGAAGCUUGAAAGCCAAUAUUGUCGCUGUCAUCUCCAACCGCAAAGCAGCCUACGGUCUUGAACGAGCGGCCAAAGCUGGUAUUCCUACCCAAACCGUAUCGUUGAAAAAGUUCAAAGACCAAGGACAAACGCGUGUCGAUUUCGAUAUUCACGUUGCGCAAACCGUUCUAGCUUAUAAACCGGACCUUGUCAUUCUUGCCGGCUGGAUGCAUAUUCUGUCGCCUGAAUUCUUGAGUUAUUUCAACAACAAUGUCAUGAAUCUGCACCCCGCACUUCCCGGUCAAUUCGACGGAGCCCAUGCGAUUGAACGUGCUUUUGAAGCCUACCAAAAGGGCGAAAUUCAAUAUACCGGCAUCAUGGUCCAUAAAGUGAUUCCCGACGUCGAUCGAGGUCAAGUCAUCUUACAACGUCAAGUGCCCAUUGAACCCAACGACACUCUCCAAGACCUCGAAACUCGCAUUCACUCGUUUGAACAUAAACUUAUUGUCGAAGGAGCUCAGAAAUUCUUGGACGAUCUUCAACAAUCCCAAUAAGUCAUGUCUUCUUGUCUUAUCUCUGUGUCUCUGUAAUAUAUCAUCAUAGAAUGGAUUCGGUGAUAAACGAAACAUUGCUACUCAGCAACCCGCCGCAUCCCCACGUUGCCAAUGGAGACAAAACUCUUUCAACCUUGACUACAGAAAACUCACGUCGAACAGAAAAAAAAAAAGAAAAGCCAAUUUUGCAAAAUAUA